UAAAAAAACUCUGUAAAUUAUAUGUAGCUAAGUAGGCAGAUGUAGGUCAUUUGCACUCUCAAUCUUAACUCAGCGCUUCAAAUCCAGAUACUCCACUCAACGAUCCAUUACUGCUCCAUGAUACGAUAUAUGCGCGAAAUUGUUACCUCUUCAAGUUUUUAAUCCAGUUGUGGCAGCCCUUGUAUUAAUGGCUUUGUUCAACAUUGUCUAUCUGGCAACGUCGUUGAUUUCGCCUUAUGACCAAUUGAGCCAAUAUCCAACAGAGCUAUGGAUUUGCGACCUUGUGGCUAUAUCCGGUUCAAGGUUCUAUUAAGCAUUGCAGAUAUAAUCGGAAGGGAUUUUGGGAUGAUUCCUCCGUUGAGACCCAGUGGUGAGGAAGAACUUGCCCCGGUCAUUCUUCAGGACUGACUGGAUUCCUUACGAAGUUCCUACCCAAUUGUCCACCCGGAAUGUAUUUACAACACUCCAUUAGACCUCGCACGUUUCCCUCGAAUAAAAUUUCAAAGGCAGAGGAGGGUAGGACCUCGCUGUCCAUAUUGCCCAUCAAUAACUUCGAUAAUAGCAUUCGUUACCUCCAACGGACUCUUCUAGGAUUCGAUGCCGACAAUCCUCAAAUAUCCUUCUCGAAUCCCGGUUUCUUGCCAUGGCAAGAGCAAGUUCAGUCUGUACAGAUUGCAAACGACAAUACGAGCAGUAUUCUGGUCGUUCCGGGCUUCGAAUCUCUCUAUAUAAAAGCAGAGGGUAUAUGCUACGUGAAUUACCUGCCUGUGGAGCUUCUUCGAGAAAUUUUUUUGUACCUCUUACCUGGCCGAGACUGGACGCUCGAGGAAACACCUCCGCCACAGCUAGUUUUCGUUCAAGUUUGCAAGCAUUGGCGAAACAUCGCAAUCUCUUAUCCAACACUCUGGUCGACAUUCAUGAUCAUACAUCCCAUAGAACGUCACAUACCGAUGACCAAAUUGUGGUUAGAACGCUCAGGAAAUCACCCAUUAACAAUAUUCAUUGACCAUCAGAAAUCAGAAUUCGAGAAGUCAUGUUCCACGACGGAUGUUGUGAUCAACCUUCUUCGACCUCAUAUCCAUCGCUGGAAAGCUGUCACGUUCAUCUUAACAGCUAUCCAGUCGUCAUUGCUGGCGCUUCCUCGUGACGAGUACCCGUUACUCGAGACAUUCUGUUUUGAUGUGACCGGUUCCUUUGCUUGGAACCCAGAGAGCGUAGAACGUGUUGAGGAGAAAUUUUUCCCUUCCUCUUCCCCGAUGUUGCGGGAAGUUACAUGGGAAACGCACGGCUUAUCGCUGCACAAGCCUCCCCUGGCUCCAACGAACAUAACCUAUCUUUCCGGAGAUUUCUUCAUGGAUCUCCCCUUUUUUGACUCAAUUUCUGAAUUGAAGAACUUGCGGACCCUUCGGUUGCACGGAGGCGUAGUGAGUGGCCGUGUUCCUCCUCCUCGCUCAAUUCCUCUGGUCUUGCCUCAUCUGAGAGCUCUAGAAGUCCGGACGAUAUUCUACGCGCCCUUCCUGUUGGAUUCAAUAGCUACACCGAGUUUGAAGGUACUAGUGAUGGCCAAUCGACUCGACGAGAAAAGCCGAAAGUCACUGUGCUCCCUAAUUUCCCGAUCUCGCUGUCACCUUAGUGGAUUUUCUUACCUCAAUGGCCUAGGGGACGCGUUAGAGAGCGAAUUUUUUGAAGAAUUUCUACUUUCUCCUCACAUGGACUCUCUCUCCGAGCUAAACCUACUUGUUAAUAAUGCAGAUGCGGUGUUGAGGGUCUUGGUGCAAUUAAAUACCAAUUCCGGACCUGUCCUUCCUUCCUUGAAUCGACUUUGGCUUUCAACACACACUUUUUCGGGUGACCUUCUACUGGAUAUGUUGGAAUUCCGGGCAACUGACUUUCAUCCUCCUACUGGGGCUAUGAUGUCUGAACCGUUGUUCAGUGCAGACUCUCCUUACCCAUCUCAAUAUCUCUUUAUUCCUGUAUCCAGGUAUUCGCUUUGCUUGCAAGUCACCUGGAUUAAGAACAACCCUGACGAAGUAUUUGAAUGGUUCAAAACCAACGCUCAUACUCAUUGGAACUUGCUUACAGAGGAUGAGUACAUUGAAUCAAAAUCGAGGAAGAAACAAAUUUCAAGUACUAGUUAG